AUGGAUCUAUCGACUCCAUGCCUGCUGAGCCUAACAAUAAUUGAAAGUUACCUCAUGAAAACCCAUAUUCGGAAUGCAACUCAACUUCUAGAUGUAUUUGUUGGCAUCACUGAGAUACAUGCAGACCAUAUACAAGGAGAAGCUCUGGGAUCACUUACGAAUGGUUUAAUGCAUUGCCAAUCUCUGACACUAACUACUUGGUGCAUUCAGGUUCUACCUGCAGGUAACAAUUCACUAGAACGCUUGGCAAAUGCCUUCGAUAAUCUUAAGCACUUAUGUUUGGCCGUAGGCCUAGCAAAUCAAGAAUUUCCUGGCAUAACUUGUUUGUUAAGGAGUUCCCCAAAUUUAGAUACUCUAACCUUGCAUAUGCAUGAACCAGAAAAUGUCAUUUGGGAUGAGUUCCAAGAGGAUGUUCUUGACAAUUCUGACAUUGAAGAGCAGACUUAUUGGGAGACACAGAAUUCAAUAUUCAAAUGUCUGCAUUAUUCUCUAAAAGAAGUUGUGAUACAUGGGUUUAUUGGAAGUAUCAAUGAGAUGCGAUUUCUUUGGUUUUUACUAGAAAAAGCUAGAUUUCUUGAAAGGAUUAAUAUAAUCUCUUUUUUAGCACAACCGGAACUAGCAGGCAACCCACAACAAUGCAUACAACACAUGCAGUUUCAGGACCAAAUAUUCCAGAUGUUGCUGAACUGCCCAAAGGCAUCUGCUCAAGUUCAUGCAAGUUUUUACCCAAGCUCUUAA